GGGCAGGUCCGCUCGGCGCUUCGAAGUGCGCUUUCAGGUGACCCUGCGGGCUCCGCUGGGCUUGCGUCCCCUUCUGCACGUCUGGGUCGUGGCCGGCUUGGAGCUCCAGCCAUGCUGUUCUGGCACACGCAGCCCGAGCACUACAACCAGCACAACUCCAGCAGCUAUCUGCGUGAUGUGCUCGCUCUGCCCAUCUUCAAGCAGGAGGAGCCCCAGCUGUCCCCCGAGAAUGAGGCUCGCCUGCCGCCCCUGCAGUAUGUGCUGUGUGCUGCCACGUCCCCAGCUGUGAAGCUGCAUGAAGAGACAUUGACCUACCUCAACCAAGGUCAGUCUUAUGAAAUCCGACUAUUGGAGAACCGGAAGCUAGGAGACUUUCAAGAUCUGAACACAAAGUAUGUCAAGAGCAUCAUCCGUGUGGUUUUCCACGACCGCCGUCUGCAGUACACAGAGCACCAGCAGCUAGAGGGCUGGCGGUGGAGCCGGCCUGGGGACAGGAUCCUGGACAUCGAUAUUCCACUGUCUGUUGGUAUCUUGGACCCCAGGGCCAGCCCGACCCAGCUGAAUGCAGUCGAGUUUUUGUGGGACCCUUCGAAGAGAGCCUCUGCGUUCAUUCAGGUGCACUGUAUCAGCACAGAGUUCACGCCAAGGAAGCAUGGGGGUGAGAAGGGAGUGCCUUUUCGAGUGCAGAUUGAUACAUUUAAGCAGAACGAGAAUGGGGAGUACACCGAGCACUUGCACUCAGCCAGCUGCCAGAUCAAGGUGUUCAAGCCAAAGGGAGCUGACCGGAAACAAAAGACGGACCGGGAGAAGAUGGAGAAGAGAACCGCCCAAGAGAAGGAGAAGUACCAGCCAUCCUAUGAAACCACCAUUCUCACUGAGUGCUCUCCAUGGCCUGAUGUGCCCUACCAGGUGAACAGCGCCCCAUCCCCAAGCUACAACGGCUCUCCAAACAGCUUCGGCCUCGGCGAAGGCAACAGCUCGCCAACCCAUCCCCACCUGGCAGAGGCCCUGACCGUGAGCAGUGAUCACCUGCUCCCGUCAGCCUCGAUCCAGGACGCCCAGCAGUGGCUUCACCGCAACAGGUUCUCGCAGUUCUGCCGGCUGUUCUCCAGCUUCUCAGGUGCUGACUUGCUAAAGAUGUCUCGAGAUGAUUUGGUCCAGAUCUGUGGCCCUGCAGAUGGGAUCCGGCUCUUCAACGCCAUCAAAGGCAGGAAUGUGAGGCCAAAGAUGACCAUUUAUGUCUGUCAGGAGCUGGAGCAGAACCGGGUGCCUCUGCAGCAGAAGCGGGAUGGCAGUGGGGACAACGGUCUGUGUGUGUACCACGCCAUCUUCUUGGAAGAGCUGACCACCUUGGAGCUGAUUGAGAAAAUCGCCAGCCUGUAUAGCAUCUCCCCGCAGCACAUCCACCGAGUCUACCGGCAGGGGCCCACGGGCAUCCACGUGGUGGUCAGCAACGAGAUGGUGCAGAAUUUCCAAGAUGAAUCCUGUUUUACCCUCAGUACCUUAAAAGCCGAGAGCAGCGAUGGCUACCACAUCAUCCUGAAAUGUGGCCUCUGAGCAGAAGUAGAGUGAACCGCCGCCUCCACCUCCCAGACCCUUGGAUGUAGAAAUUGCACUGCUGUGAGCUGGAACCUCCCCAGCAAGCUGCGGCGAGGAAUGCCCUUCCGCUAUGAAAACCACACACCAACAACCAGCAGAAACCCACGGAUGCAGAAAGCCACUGGCUCCUCCCUUCCUUCCUCUCAGCCUCCCGUUUUUGAGUGAUUCCUUGGUCUUUUCCCCAGCCAUGCCAUUCUAAAGGGGCAAACAGUGGGGACAUAUUCUCUGAUACUCCCUUCUCCCUUAGUUGGAGGCUAGUUCACAGGUAUCCUGGUGCCACCUGUAUUGGUUCCUUCUGACCACUCUCCCACCUCAGACAAAGCUCUGCCUUACCCCAAACCUUCACCUUCUCUGGUAACUGGCUUCGUGACCACGACUACUGACUAGAUAGGGGUGAUUUGCCACCAUCUCCUGUCUUUGUGUUGGUUCCCCUUCCCGAUGACCCCGCUGAUGAGCAUCUGUCUGUUCUGUUCUCAGGUUGAUGGGGGUGGUGUUUAUUCUGUGUCUUCAGCUUCCUUCACCUUUACUUUGUUUCUAAGGAUCUGCUACUGCAAAGCCUGAAAAUGGGAUCAUCUUAAUGCAUUGGUGUGGUGGACACCACAAUGUGUGUGUAGGACCCGCCACACAGACCUGUUCCAAGGCCCUUGGGAGAGAGAGGAGGAGGACAGAAAGACUCAUUUUUGGCACAUUCUCAUGAGUAUAAAAGGGAUGAGAACAAAAUGAUUCCUUUUGAGCUCCUUUGGUAUAAUUGUAUUUCCUAGCAGUCAUGGGUAAGGAGGACCAGGAAAUGACCGUUACACUGUAUGAUCAGAUGACCUUGACUGUCAUACCUGGCCCUCUUGGAUGGGCUCACCAAAUCCCAUUUAAAGAAGACCUUGGUUAACCACUGCCAAAUCUGCCAGGUUUCCUAAGAUACUGUGUUUUCUGUGAGGGCCCCCAUUUAAGUGUUCAUCUUUUUUCCUCUGUAGGGGGUGUGGUUAGAGCAUUUUGCCCGCAUUGGCAUGAUUGGAUCACCUUUCCUAGUGGCCUAAAUAUGAGGGAAUUUGAAUAUCAGUAACUGGUAGAUUCAGGAAUUACUCACAGCCUUUCUUGCCUGUGUUUCCCAGAACUCAGUGAUCUAUGCUGGCCCAGGGUUUCAAUUCUCUGCUAAUUUAGGUUCAUCUUCCGAAGCAUGGUGGGUGACCAACUCAACCCUGUGACCAACUGAGCAGGAUGCUGUUGCUUUUAAAGUGGAGCCUUUGGGGAGUCGAGCGCCAGGGUCAGAGAUGUCCAGAACUGGGUAGACCUUGUUUUUCCGUUUGGGAAACUGAAGCCCUGAGGGGCAAAGCCACUUCCCUGAUAACGCAUAGUGAUAGGGUAAUAACACGAAUUUAUUAUACAAACCAGGGCACUUUUGAGAGUGAACAGGCUCUUUUCAUACUUACAUUGGGACAACAGGUGUGGCAUUCCUACAGAGAAAGACAGGCUCCUGAUUCCUUUUCCUUUUUUGGAGGGAAAGGAGGAGCCGAUGAGAGCUUUAUGGAGCUACAAUUUACAUACCAUACAGUUUACCCAGUUCUAUUGUACAAUUCAGUGAGUUUUAGUAAAUUCACAGAAUGGUCAUGAUCAAUUUUAGAACAUUUUCAUUACCCCCAAAGAAACCCUGUGCCCUUUAGCAAUUACUCUCCCACUUUGCCCUCAACUCCCCUAAUCCUAGGCAGACAUGAAUUUAUUUUUUUAUACAGAUUUACUUAUUUUGGACAUUUCAUAUAUAUGGGAUCAUACAAUAUGUGUGGUCUUUUAUGACUGCCUUCUUGGACUUGGCAUAAUGUUCUCUGCGGCCAUCCAUGGUGAACAAAUAUCAGUACUUCAGUCUUUUUCAUUUCUGAGUAAUAGUUCAUUCUGUAGACACACCACCUCUUGUUUAUCCAUUCAUCAUGUGAUGGAUAUUUGAGUUGUUUCUACUUUUUGACUAUUAUGAGUAAUGCUGCUAUA